AUGUUUGCUUAUCUCGAAUUAUCGAAUACUGCUCGAACAGAUUCAACGAUACAGUCGUUAUCAUGGAUGAAUUAUAUUAGUGAUGUAACUACUAUAUCGGCAAAUAACAAUGAAUCUGAAUCAUCAACAUUACCAGACAAAUCUAAGGAUGGAUGGUUAGCCACCGGAAAUAGUAAUCAUAUUGUUAGUAUCACUCAUACAUCAGUUCAAACAAAUGAUGAAGAAGAAUAUAUUCAUUCAUUCGAACGAACAAAUUUCAAUUUAAGAGCACACCGUACAGAUGUUAGAAUUGUAACAUGGAAUGCUCCUUAUCAAAAAUUAGCUACUGUCGACGAAAAAGGAGUGAUUUUUGUUUGGGUCAAACACGAAUCUCGAUGGUCGUUAGAGUUAAUUAAUGAUCGAAGUCAUCCUGUGACUGAUUUGGCCUGGUCUCAUGAUGGACGAAUGACUGUUAUUUGUUAUGUUGAUGGAUUUGUUCUAGUUGGAUCUGUUACGGGUCAACGAUAUUGGUCGGCUGUUGUCAACACAGCUCAGAGUAAAAUAACGGCUGUGACAUGGACGCCAGAUGAUACUCAUGUUUUACUCGGCACAUCUGAUGGUGGCAUGAUACUAAUGGAUUAUAGAGGUAACACAACAGAAGUAUUUUCACUCUCAACAUAUCCAAUUACACAAUUACUCUAUUCGUGCGAUAAAUUCUAUGUAAAUCAUCGUAUACUAGAAACUGAUCAGCGACGCGUAGUGAAAUUUGUAAAUGAAGAUUAUGUUUUGGCUUGUAGUUUGAAACAUGGUCAAGUUUUAUUUAUGACUAAUUAUAUGGAUCAAGCACCAACCAUUGUUGAAACUGGUUUACAAAGCAUAAAAAUGGACUGGUCGACGUCUCAAAUUCUUGCUAUUGGUGGUCAUCAACGAAUGCAUGAUCUUGGCUGUGAUAAUCAUGUUCUAUUCUAUAAUCGCAUCGGUCAACUAUUAUAUAAGUUACAUAUACCAAAUAUAACUCGUUCAUUGUCUUCGCUAUGUUGGGCUCAUGGUGAUCAACGAUUGUUUAUUGCAUGUGGUGCAGCAGUUUAUACAGCAUGGAUCGCCCAUGAAUCAUUUCCAUCCAUGUUAAAAUUGUGUCAGAUUAAAAUCAAACAACAGAUACUAAAAAAUUCUCUACAUAAUAUUGAAAAAUUAAUAUUGCCACCGAAAUUGAAGCACCAGCUAUGUGAAUUGUAUAGAUCAACAAUAAAAGGGUUUUUUCCAAAUCAAAAUACAUUAAGAACAUUUGUGUGUGAACCACUGAAACAACGGUUGAGAUUACAAUGUACUAUGAAACGUAUCGAUAAUAAUAACAACGAUAGAAAUGAUAAUGAAGUCUCGUCCGCUUCCUCGUCUUCAUCGUCGAAUAAUAACAGUGGUAGUGGUGCAAUAUACGUAUUAUACUUAGAAUAUUUAGGAGGACUUAUACCGUUACUAUCGGCAAAACGUGUGUCAAAAAUUUGUCCAGAUUUCAUCAUAUUUGAUCCGCAAGUACCAGUGACUAAUAAUAAUAGUGAAACAACACCAGUAUCACCCAACUCAACUCCUAAACAACCACUCAAUCGUCCUCGUUCAAAUACAUUUCAAAAUAUUUCAUCACCGAAAUCACUAACGGCGGCAAAUCGUACUAGUCUAGUACCGAAGCCUAGUUCAGUAUUUGUUCCAAAAUCAUUUAUACGAGAACGAGGUGAAACACCUGACGAUACAUGGAAAAGUAGUUCAGGUUGUAGUUCAGGAAAUGAUUCGGACGCUGAUAAUACUACAUAUUCAACGAAAAAACAACAAUCACUACAUCAACAACAUUUGAGAAAGAAAACACCAAAAAUAUUAAAACAUAAACAUAUGAAUAAACUUUGUACAAUAGCAGCAAACAUAUGGGGCACAAGAUUUAAACUUCUUGGAAAUUCACCUUAUUUACCUGAAUAUCUUGGUAGUGUAACGUAUAAAACAUCAUUUUUACAUUUACAACCAAGACAAAUGACCGUAACAGUUUGCAAUACAGCCGCAGUUGAUAACAACAACACAGAAUGUAAACAAGAUGAAAGAAAGAAAAACAAGAAUAAAACAAGUAAAGUAGAAAAAGAUAUUGAAGAAGAUGAUGACAGUUUUGUGGUUUUGGAUCCACAUCAAUCGCGAAAUGUUCCCACGACAUGCACUUUCAAUUCAUCAAUUCCUAUAGCUCCAAUGAGUCCUCAGCUAAAAAGUGUUCGUUCAAUACUACUAUUAUCCGAACAGAAUUCGAAUAAAAAACAUAGUGAUUCGAGCACUGCUAAAAAUAUAUUCCAUUCGUCUACGUCUUCGUCUAUACGUCAUUCUCCACGUACUAGUCAUCGUCAUAAUAAAUUACAUCGACAUGAUACAAACAAUGAUUCAUCAGCAGCGAAUUCUUCGUCAACUUCUCCGAUAAAUCUUAGUCGUUCAACAUCGCCAGCUGCUUCUUUAGCUAAUUUCAUUCGUCCAAUAUCUCCACCGUGUAUCAAAGUAAAAGAACCAUUAUCACCUAAAUUUAACCGUGCAUUGUCCACAUCGACUACAAAUUAUCGACAUUGCUCACCCACAAAUACUUCAUCAUUGACAGCUACCACUACUACUACAAUGGUAAUUCAGCAUCAUAAAAGUACAGUUGAAAUGAAAAAUGUCCGAUCAACUGUUGCUAAUAUUGAUGCUUCAACAUCCAGUGCAACAAAAACACUAUUAAUUGACGAUUCAUCCGGUUACGAUAGUGAAGUACAAAAAUAUUCGACGUCAGAUAUUCAACAACAACGUCCAGAAAAUUGUUUUGAACCGGAUACGUAUCGUGACUGGUAUAUUGACUCUACAUUCUCUGCUCAACAAAAAUUAAGUUUAAGUGAUCCAACAUUAAAUCAGACAACAAAAUUAAGUAAUGAUAAACGAUCACAUCAACAAAAAAGUACAAUUUCAUCACCAAAACAGUCAAAAAUUUUGACACGAGCAUCGUCUUCAUCUUUACAACAUCAACAGAUAUCAGCAAAUGAGGAAAAUAAUAAACAGCGGAAGGAUGAAGAUCAGGAUGAAAUACAGCGAAUUCCAGAUGAUGAUAUUGACAAUCAACAACAAAUUUGUCGAACACCAAUUAGAACUGGUACGACAGAUAGAUUCCAAUCACCAUCGACGACUAACAAUCAUCAGCAAAAGUUGUCCUGGUAUUCUAGUCCUCGACAUCGAAUGAUGGCAUGCACAAGUGGGACAAAUGAAUCACCAUCUGAAUCUAUUGCAUCUCGAGGAUCAAUAGACGAUAGAGAUUCGUGCACUUAUUCGAUGCAGAAUCGACCACCAAUUUGGAACGAACUUUCUCAAGUAUAUCAGUUAGAUUUUGGUGGUAGAGUGACCUUGGAAUCGGCAAAAAAUUUUCAAAUUGAAUUUGAAGGAAAACAGGUGAUGCAGUUUGGUCGUAUUGAAAAUCACAUGUAUACGUUGGACUUUGAAUGGCCAUUUUCUUGUGUAACAGCGUUUGCUGUUGCAUUAGCCAACAUGCGAAUAGUACAUUUUCAUUUAACAGUUAAUCUAUUUUUUUGUUUAUUAGCUUCUGUAUUCGUCACUGGCAAUAAUAGUGAAGACGCUGAGGAACCAGUCAUCCCUCGUACUCAUGUGGCAAUUGUCGGAUCAGGAAUUGGCGGCGUAACUUGUGCCUAUUGGCUUAAACAUUAUUUAAAUGAUUCUGUUUCAAUUACUAUUUACGAAACGAAUGAAGUUGGUGGACGUUUAGCUAAUGUUCAAGCUGAAGACAAACAGUAUGAAGCUGGUGGCUCAAUUAUUCAUGAAAAAAAUCUAUAUAUGGUCAAAUUUGCUGAAGAGCUUGGAUUAGAACGUUUAACUGCACCAGCUACUUCUUAUAUUAUAUCAGAUGGUAGUAAAACAUUAUUUUCAACGUUAACACGUUACAUACCAGGAAUAUUUUCAGUAUUAUGGCGUUAUGGUUUCGAUAUUAUUCGAAUGAACUUUUGGAUAAAAAGAAAAUUAGCAAAUUUUUUAAGUAUAUAUGAUUAUCAAGAUAAUGGACGAUCAUUCGAGACAGUUAGCGAGUUUCUGGAAUUAUUGGAUAAAGAUUUUUAUGAAUCAACGAAAAUAUCUUUUCGAAAAUUAUUAAUGAAACAAAAUUACAAUAAAAAGUUUAUUGAAGAAUUAGCGCAAAUUGCUGCAUUGGUAAAUUAUGAUCAAUCGAUUGAUACAAUGCAUGGCUUUCCUGGACUAGUAUCAUUGAUGGCGACUGGGUCGUCAUUAUGGCACGUCAAAGGCGGUAAUUAUUUAGUUCCCAAACAUUUAUUGAAGUUAUUAGAAGAAAAGCAUGGUGUACACGUUGUUAGUGGUCAUGUUAAAAAUAUUGAAGAAGUUAUUAAACAGAAAUCAGGAGAUCAGGACGAUGAUGAUAGUGGGAGUGUACGUUUGUUUUAUCAACCAGCGAAUAGUAAAUUGGUUCACGCUGUUGAAUAUGAUUUUGCCGUCAUAGCAUUUCCAUUACAUGAUAAAAUGACAGAUUUUGUCUUAUCAUCAUUGACAUUGAAUCCAACUGAUUAUCGUAUGCAAACCACAAUAUCAAAUUACAUCUAUGGUAGAUUCAAUUGCCUUCAAUAUAAUUUAACAAACGAUGAGUGUAAGCGUUUAGAUGCCAUAUUUUAUACAAACCCAAAAUUACCAUACCGUUGCGCUGCACAACAAAUUGAUGUCGAGUAUAAACAUUCGUCAGUGAAUAAAGAAAAGCCACUGAAUAUUUACAAAGUAUUUUCACCCGAUAAACUAUCUAAAACCGAUUAUGAUCAGAUAUUUAUGAAAGAUAAUUAUACAAUUUUAAAUGAAAUCAAUUGGUUUGCUUAUCCAAAAUAUUCUUAUCCACAAAAAAUGCCACCAAUACGUUUGAGUGAUAACAUAUUUUAUCUGAAUGCUUUAGAGUGGGCCUCAAGUUGUAUGGAAAUUGAAGCUAUUAGUGCACGAAAUAUAGCCAUAUUAUUAGCAAAACAAAGUGGACAUGAAAUAAAACGAACAGAUCACCACGUCGAAUUUUAG